GCUUCGAUGACGGUCACCGCAAUCGAUCGUAAAAGCAAUGUUUAUGCACCUUGGAACGCACCUUCGAAGCACGAGUGGAGAAGAGCAGCCCGGAUAGAAGCUAAAGACAGGUAAAUGCUACGUUGUUGGAACAAUGGGGGUGGACCUCUUCAAUCUAGCCUCUUCUUAACUGCCAUACGAUGACUUAAUCCAACGGAACACGUUCGCGCUGUAGUUGCAAAGAGCUGCUGGCGUCGGGGCUUCUCCGCGGCCGAUGGUCGUUGCUUCUCGUCCUCACCGAAGUCUAGCGGAGUCUUUCGUUCCAACACAAGCUUCAUCGCGACCGGACCACGGAUGCUGCAGCGCUUCAAAUAAUUUUCAUUGACAUGCAACAGCACCCCAGCGCUAUCGUUCAUCAUCCAUGGCUCCAAUACAGAAUCCCCUGAAAAUAGACCACUGAGGCGGCGGCGGCCUCACCCGCUUACUUUGCGACUUGCCCAGCCUACGGUGUAGCAUUCAUUCGAAGAAGACAGAUGUCUCCUUGCCAGGCGCAAUCGCAUCCGCAAGUCACCCAUCGUUCCGACUGUCUGUUUCGAUUGAGUGCAGGGAUGAGAUGACGGACACAGCGAUCAUGAUGCGCUCGGGCCCGCAGAUCGUGAGCGAGCCCUUUAGGUUCGCUGAGAGGUUGUGGAUUGCAGGUGAGCAAGCGGGUGAUUGAGCUUCGGUAGGAGGAUGACUUCGUAGAAGGCGUGGAGGGAGGACGGUCCGGCACUUCAUGCUCGCAUGCGGUAGGCAAUUUUUUGUCUGAUCCUGUACACCAAGCAUCCAGAGGCAUUGCCACGGCGGAUGGCCCACACCAGAACAUUUUUAGUUCGUCAAAGAGUGUUCAUCUGAUGGGUAUUGGCCAUGAUCACCAUGCGCAACCUAGAGCACAAGAUCAGUAAUAUUGGAUGGAAGCUCUUGUUCUUACAGUAUGCUCGGUGCUCCGCAUAUGACGUUGUACUCUGAUCCUAGUUGCUUCCGGCUCGCCAACCCCUCAUGCACAUGACCUGUCUGCCCUAAUGCAUAAUGGGCCCUAAUGCUACGGAUGCAAAUGUGCUCCGUGACCGCCGUGACGUUUUGAGUUCUUCUGGUCUCCAUCACACACUUAUCGUUGCGGUCCCUCUGUAUACAUCUCAAUCAUGCCCAUCGAACAAAGCGAAAACAAGGUCCUACUAAGCCACCCCAAAGGGUCCUCGGCUGAGCUGUUGCUCUAUGGUGCGACAGUCGUCUCAUGGAAGGCCGGUACCGAACGCGAUUCCACUCCGGUCGAGAGACUGUUUGUCUCCUCAAAGGCUGUUCAGGAUGGUACAAAGCCUGUCAGGGGCGGUAUCCCGGUUGUCUUCCCCUGCUUUGGGCUGCCAUCCCACCCCGAUCAUGUGAGGCUUGAUCAGCACGGCUUUGCUAGGAAGGAGAUCUGGAAGUUUGACGAGGUUGUUAUGGAUAAUGCAGCCGGUGUAUCUGUUAGGCUGACGCUGGAACCCACAACUUCCAUAAGUGCCAAGUACGAGAAACCUUUCCACUUGGCUUUCGUCAUCACGCUCGCCGAACACCAGUUGAGCACGGACUUGCAUGUGAAAAACACUUCCACGUCUCCAGGAGAUAUCCUCGAGUUUCAAGCACUGUUCCAUAAUUAUAUUUCAGCACCCUCGAGCGGCGUUCUCAUUUCGUCGCUCCAGAAUCGUCAAUAUCUUGACAAGACCGAGAGCACCGAACAAGGGAGGGCCCAGCUGAAAACCGAAACCAGGUCUGGCGUCGACGUGCGGAGCUACACGGACUCUGUGUAUCAAGAUGCACCCCAGGAUUACGAAGUCACUUGGGCGGAAGGAGGGAUACAUGUCAAGAGCACCAACUUACCGAAUGUCGUGAUUUGGAACCCUCAACAAGAAGCCGGUGCUAAGAUCGGAGACAUGGAGGAAGGUGGAUGGGAGAGGUUUGUAUGCGUGGAGCCAGGCCAUAUAAGGCCCUUCGUAAAGCUCGAGUCUGGAAAAAGAUGGAUAGGACAGCAGGUAUUGACUGCAAUUAAUGGGGGCAGGAAAAACCAGCCGUUAUAAGUCUGUAUGAAGAUGCGCGUGGGGAAACGUGGGGAAGGCGGCAAUCGGAUCUAGCGGAUAUGUAGUACUAUUAAUAUUAUUCAAGUUUGUCUUCGAC